AUGUGGUACUCACGAAAUAAUUUUUCAACCGAUGGCAAGACGGCGUUGAUUAUUGGGGCUUCGCAGGGUUUGGGAGUUGAAAUUGCAAAAAAAUUGUACCUCGAAAACUGUUCAGUUAUUUUAGUUGCACGCACCACAAAGAAACUCGAAGCUCAAUCUGAAACCAUUCGCAAGCUCCCCAAGCAAGCUACACAUACUGCCAAAGUUACAUUUUUCACAUGCGAUGUAUCUGAAUACGAUGCAUGUAGGUUUUUAUGGAAGGAAAUGGCUCUGCAGGGCUUUAAUCCAGAUAUAAUCAUGUGUUGUGCUGGGUCAAGCGUGCCUAAACUAUUUGGAGAUUUAACUGCACAAGACAUUUCACUGGGCAUUGAUAUCAACUACAAAACUGCGAUAAAUGUGGUCCACACGGGGUUUAAGCAUUUUUGCGUAGAGAAUGACCAGAUAAAACCAUCCGAAUGGCCAAGGAGGCAUAUAGUUUUAUUCGGGUCAGUUGUGGGAUUUUUCCCAUUCAUUGGGUAUGCACAAUACGCACCAAUGAAAGCAGCCAUAGACUCGCUUUCGAUAAUUUUACGACAGGAAUUAGGACCGUACAACUUCAGAGUCUCGAGCGUCUACCCUGGCAAUUUUCAGAGCGAAGGAUUUGAAGAAGAGCAAAAAACCAAGCCAGAAAUUACAAAGAAAAUAGAAGGGCCAAGUUAUCCUAUCCCUGGGGAUAAAUGUGCUGGAAUCAUCAUUGAUUGUUUAAAGAAAGGGUAUGAUUCCGUAACCACUGACACAAUCGGGUGGCUUCUCGGGUGUGGCUCUUUAGGUGUCAGGCCCAGGCAAUGGGGCUUUUUCCAAGUAAUUAUAGGUUUUAUAUUUUCCAUUAUUGAACCUAUUGCCAUGUGGGUCAUUGGUAGAGAUAUUCAAAGCUCUUUUAAUAAUUAA